UUUACGUGUAAAAGUCAGUCGGUGCGCCAACUUUUAGUCAGACGGUCGCGAAAGAUAAUUUGUUUUUCGGUGGUCGGUGCGUAGACCGAGAUGACUUCUUUUUUUACCAUGACCGCUACUACUAUCGCUUUUCUCCUUGUGGGCACGAGUUUCUCGUAAGUUUAGUUUAAAUCUAAAAAAUGAACUCUCCUAAUCAUAUGAAUCUUAAAAAAAUUACUCGUAUAAAUAAAGAUAGUGCUAAAAUGAAUCAUCUGCAAGUGUUAGAUAAAUUGUUAAAAAACAAUUAUGACAGAAGGGCCACACCAACUAAUCAUUUAAAUAAUGCAACAAACGUUCACUGUGAACUUUAUAUUCGUAGUUUUGGAUCCAUUAGUCCAGUCACCAUGGACUAUGAAGUAGACUUGUACUUACGUCAAAAAUGGCAAGACGCCAGGUUAAAACAUCCCGACAUUACAGAGUCAUUAGACCUUAAUGAUCCAAAUUUGGUGAAAGCUAUCUGGAAACCUGAAGUGUACUUCCCGAAUGCAAAACAUGCGGAAUUUCAGUUUGUCACUGUGCCUAAUGUUCUUAUUCGUAUAAAACCCGAUGGUGAUAUUCUCUAUAUGCUUAGAUUGAAACUUACAUUUUCAUGCAUGAUGGACCUUUCCAAAUUUCCACUUGACAACCAAAUAUGCACAAUGGAGGUAGCUAGUUUUUCAAAGACUGUUGAAGAGCUACGACUCGAAUGGAAAACCACUAAUCCUGUAAUAAUGGCUAAAGGAUUAAGAAUGCCUCAAUUCGAAAUUGUGGACAUUGUACCUUCUGAUUGUCAAGAAUCAUUUCAAAUUGGAAAUUAUAGCUGUCUAGUUGCUCAAUUUUAUUUAAGCCGAAGUGUUGGAUUUCAUUUAGUUCAGAGUUAUUUGCCGACUAUGUUGAUAGUGGUGAUAUCUUGGGUAUCCUUUUGGAUGGACGUAGAUUCGGUACCAGGACGCACUACUUUAGGUGUGACUACACUAUUAGCUGUGGGAUCCCAAUCUUCAGGUAUUCAAAGCGGUCUACCCCAAGUGAGUUACGUAAAAGCUAUUGAUGUUUGGAUGGGCACAUGUACAGCGUUCGUCUUUUGUGCAUUACUCGAAUUUACCGUAGUAAAUUACAUGUGGCGUAAACUAAAACCAGACAUUUUAAAGACAUUUUUAACUGAGCCUUUAAAUGGAGGAACUAGUUCAAAAACAUACGAAGAAAAUUUGCAACCAUCUCCAACCAUACCAGUCAGUGUGGUAAAAAGAAUGUUGCAUGAAGAAUAUACUUACAUCCCAACUGCUGAAACCAAUGCUGCAUUAGCAAGAACAAUAGACGAAUAUUCCAGGUUUUUGUUUCCCGUCGCUUUCAUUGCUUUCAACGCACUAUAUUGGCCCUAUUAUUUGAAAAACUAAUUUAAUAUUAACAAUUCCGAUAUGAAAAGACCAACUUUACUUUAUUAAUAAUUAUUAUUUAUAUAGUUAAGGCAAAUCUAAAUGUAAAGAUUGACAAAUUAAUAAUCUUAUGUAAUAAUCCGUAAUUAGGUUUAACUUAAUUUAGUUGUCACAGCGAAGUGACAGAAUAAAAAGAUUCUUUCAGGCUGUCUUUGAAAACAUCGAAAAAUAACCAUAUUAAAAUAUGUAUUUAAGUGCAUCUAAUAAUUUAACAAGAUAUUUUGUUCUCAUUCUGAUAACAUUUAUAUUCAAAAAAUUUUAACAAAAAAAAUUUUUUUGUUCAUAAAAUCUGAUAUUGUCUUAACGGAUGAAUACUUACUUACAUACUAGUUAUAGUGAAACUUAUAAGUCCCUUUAAACAUUGGACUUCAGGGUCAGCAUUACUCAAAACAUUAUACAGAUGAAGAUUUUUAAUCUAAAGUAUAAUUUUUAUUAAAGAUAUCCGGCCAUUAAUUGACGCGUAAUUUUUGUAAAUGUUUUUUAAAAGAAAAUUUUUAUAACAUUUUACUAAAUUAAUUUAAGUAAUUAGCUUCCCAAUGUUAAUAUGUUAUAAGUUGAGCGUAUUUCAAUAAACUAGUUGAAAGAGAAUAAAAAUAAAUUAAUUUUCUAAUUCAGAAUUCUGUCUCAAUUCAAUUAUCUUUCAUACUAUUAGAAUAUUAUAUAUGACUUUUUGUAGCCACUUUCUCAUAUGGUUAUAGCACUCUUCGUUUUUUAUGUUUUGAUCCAAUUAUUUUAAAAUAAAGUAGUAAUUGUUUGAUUUUUAAGAUAAAACGUAAAACAAAAAACAUCAAUUAUAAAAACUAAAACAUUGAAAUGCAAAUAAAUAAAUUUACUAGUAUAAAUUAUUGUUUGAUAAAAAUUCUUGAAAAAAUUUCAUCAGGGUAAUAAGAAAGUUGUAGGAUCGAUGAUUCUUAAUAGGAAACGUUUUUUCUAGGACAAAAACGAAAUGUUCUUAUUUAGUUAAACAAAGUUAAAUAAAAUAAUUUAUAAAAAAACUAAUUAAGAACUUUAACAUACGAGAAAUACGAUAAAAGUUGAAAGACUCGAUCAAAACAAUUUUCGUAAUAAAAAUAUAUACAUAGCAGAACAGAUGUAAUUGACAACUGUUUUAACUUUAAAUUCAAUUUAAAUUUCCGUGUAAUUUUUCUUUUCACCAAUUUUUUCCUCUUAGACUACGUGAAAAGCAUAUUUUUUAUUAUUUAUUGCCAAUAAAAUAAUAAUAAUAAAUACAUUUUCUAUAUUUUAUUCAGAAUUCAAAAAUAGCUAUUUUUAAACACUUUUCUUACAAACAAUUUUGAUGGGUCCAAAACAAUUUUAGGAUAAAUAAUCAUUAUAAUCAUUUUAAUACGUAAUGAGUAUGUUGAGUUGGUUGACGCAGCUCGUACUAAUGUAUAUGUUACUAAAGUAAUGUGUACUCCACUCAUGCUACAUACCCUUUUAUGUAUAAAAAUUCUUGGAACUCAAUAAGUAGUUAUCCUAAGGUUGUUAUCAAUCCAGUUUUUGUGGCUUCAAUUUAAAAACUAAUGUUUCACAAUAAUGCGAUUUUCGACUUAUUGAUAAAUGUAUAAAAAAAAGUGUUAAUACUCAUCUAUAAAUAUAUACUUAAUUGGUAUGUUUUUUAUACAUCAAAAAUUUAAAUUUCGAUAAAAUUACAUUGAAAUUUUAUAGUUGUUUUUGUUCUCCUAAAAAGUUAUUAAACCAAGUUUCUUCGCUUUAAUUUGAACAAUUUUUUUUUAAUUUUAAAUAAUUUUUAAGUAAUGAAAUAUAAACAAAAGAUCAUCAAAAUGAUCAACAGUAAUAUAAUAUAUGUGUUCAUAAACUUGUACAUACCUUUUAAUGUUUAACUCUAAUGAUAUUUUUAUGUAAAACAUAAAUAAUUGAGUUGUACAUAUUAUUAUUACACUUUCAUUUGAUGAUCUAGUGAUAAGAUUCAAAUGUCACACAACUAGAAUACAACGAGCUCAACAUAAAAAAUCCUUCUUCGAUAAGUUUUGAUUUCUCAUAUAAAUUUCAUUAAGUGUUAACUAUUCUUAGCAUUUUGAACGAGUAUUUUUUUUUUUGAAAUUUCACCAUGAGAUUUAGAAUAAUUAACCUAUUCAGUGAUGCUAAAAUUAAAAAAAUCAGAAAUAUUGAAAUGUUGCUUCCAUAUAAUACUACUAAUAUAUGUAUAAAAAAAUUUUGUCUCGCGAUAAAUGACUCUGGGAAAUUGCCGUGACUGUCCCUGUAGUUUUUGCGACAAUGGAUAUAUUUUUUAUUGAGCAUUAACACGUAUUCAAAAUUAUCAACAAUUGAACAGUUAAUACCUUCACUUAUAUAAUCAUUUUUAAAAACCUGACACUGUAAAUUGUUUUAUGUAUUUACAAUAGGUUACAGUAAAGUAUUUAGAAAGGGGUGUCACAAGGGACCACUUCGUAUAAUUUUUAACACAUCUUCUUGACUAAAAUGAUUGCACUACAAGAUGUAAAGUAAUGAACCCCCACCGCUCAACGUAUUAAAAAUUAUCUGAAACUUAACUUUAUCAAAUACUAAUGCACAAUACUUCUAUCGUUGAUUUAUUUCAUAAUUCACAUAGAAGAACUUUACAAAUUAACUUUUUUACAAUUUUAAAUUCUUAUACCAUUAUAUCAUAACAUUGAUGCAACAUCGGUUAAAAUAAACUAAUGGAAGUAAAAUCAAAAUAAAUCCUAUUUUUUUAGUGGAUAAUAUAAAAGCAUAUACAUGGUUUUCUACGCUAUUUUGACCAAACUAAUAACUUUUAUCUAUUAAAUAUUUUGCAUUACUUCUUCUUUUUUACUAUUACUAUAUGACUGUAACAAUAUCAUUAGAAAUAAUAUUUUUUUUAAUUAAUUGAGUCAAAUAUUUAUUAUUAUUAUUAUUUACGAAAAAUUUAAAAAAAACUGUCAAGAUUUAAUAUCAUAUAAUAAAAACAUGAAAAUAUUCAAAUUCAUAAAAAUUUUUUAAUUCUAUGUAAUUUUAAUUGCAAAACAUUGAAAAAUGAUUUUGCUGCCAAUUUUUUUCUUAAAAUCUACUAUAAAAAUGGUUAUUUAAGUAAAAUUGAAUCAUAAGUAGUCCUUAAAUAGGACCUCAAGUCCUAAAGUAUAAUUGUAAUUUUAAAUAAGUAAGACAAAAUAUUUAGUAGAUCAAAAACUAUUAGAUUUUUCAAAACAUCCUUUCUUAAUAGGUGUACUUUUUAUAAAACUUUUGUUAUUUGAUAAGACGAUAAAUCACUCGGACUAUAUAAUACAUUAUCGUACAACAUCUAAUUAUAAUGAAAAAAGUCAUGACCAACAAGACCCUCUAGAUACGCCUUUCUAUGAUAUUUUAUUUUCAUCAACCGCCCCUUCAAAUAUAUUGAAAUAAAAUAUUAAAUUUGAAUAACAAUACUUAAAUAACUUAGUUCAUGUUAAUCUAACAUAACUUACUUUAUGUACUUAAUUCAAACAGCUAGAAUUAAUUCUAAUUUUAAUUAUAUAUUAAGUAACUACAUCAAUUAUAAAAUAUUUUAUUUUCUUAGAAAAUUGAAACAAAUUAAUUGAUAUAAGUAUUUUACUUAAUUUCUGUAAUAUUAAAUAUGUAUAAAAGACUAGAUAUAACGGGUACACACAUCUCUUAUACUUAUCAGUGUAAAAUAUACUUCUAGAUAUAUAUAAACUAUUGUUAUUUAUAUGCUUUGACAUUGAUAUUGUUUUACUAAAUUAACUUUAAUUUAUUAUAAUAAUUUCAAGGAAUAAUUAAAAGAUUUGUAAUAUCGGCAAUAGCAUAUUCAUUUUUUUAUUUUUUGAUAUACUUAUUAGAACAUGAUGUUACAUAUCGCCAUUCGCAACAAAUAAGGCAGUAAUUAAAAAAUUCAACUUUAAGGUUAUGAGAUAUUUGGAUUUAUGUUUUACUCUUCUUAUGAUAACUUUCAUACAAAUAUUAAAAAUUUAAUUUGAAUCUGAUCUAAACUACUUAGAAAAUUGAUAAACAUAUAUAGUGUAAUCAGAAAAUAAAUUUUAUUUUUGAUCUCCUGAAAAAUAAAAAAAGUGAAGUACUGCCUUAUUCGUUGCGCAUAUCGAUAAUUCAAAAAUUUAAUGAAUUAUUAUUAGUACCAAAAUUUAAAUUACUUGUAACGUAAUCUCCUCCACUAAAAAUUUUUAAAUUAAGGAUAAAUUUUAUUUACUAAACAUAUUUUUUGGUAUACGUUUUUACUAAAUCCCAUAAUACUAAUAAUUAAUUGAGUUUAUUAAUGUUUAAUUGUAAUUUUUAAAGACACCUAUGUUUUAUGUAUUAUUGACAACCUCUAAGAAUGUAUGACUCGUUACAACAUUGAAUGUAUAAAAGGGUAUUAAAUAUAUACAGAAAAAAUAUUAUCUUAAUUGUAAAUAAGUAUUUUGUGUGAUUGUUUUAUUGAAAAUAUUCUUUAUGUAUAGUUUAUGUUAAUAUGUUAUAAUUCGUUAGAAUGUUGAUACUUAUCUGUUUCUUCAUGGUCUUCAUAACUAAAUCUUUUUUAUUUUGUACGUAUUAUAAUACAUAAUAAAUAUAUUUAUAGUAGUUAUGAAUGAAACAAGUGUGGCAAAUUUUACCAAUGUUUA